CGACUCACGAGCAAUUCGUCAGAUAAACUGCCAAAACCGAGCGAACCAGAUCUCGUCAACGCUGGCGGGCGACCGAGAGAAACCGAAGCCCGAAUCGAGCGAGGGCGAUGCCGGCGUACGAUCCCAAGGACGACGUCGACCGCCUCUUCGCCUGCUUCAAAUGCGGCGUCUCCCCUCCCAAAUCGGCGUUCAGGGAGAGGCCGCUCUCGCAGGCCAAGAAGUCGCGGGGCUCGCCCGUGUCGGUGAUUGCCAGUAGCGGCGGCGGGAGCGGGAGCUCCUCCGAUGAUUCCACGGCGUCUUGUGAAUCCACGACGGAUGCCGCAGCGGACAAGCACGCGGCGGCGUCGGCGAGCAAAUUUACAGGCCGCAAGCAGAUGUCCCCAGUCGUGUUCUACGGUACCCCGCAAGGCGUCCAAGUGAAACAGCCGCAGAGCUUCUUGAAGCUCUUGCACGUUAUCCGCAUUGAUCUGAAGAAGCAAACGGACUUUAUCCCCAGGGAUGUUGUCUGGGCUACAUUUCCUAGGCAAGAUGGGGCAAUCAGGUUCUCUAAGGCACACACGCAUACCAACGUCUUUAGCUAUCAAGAUCAUAGGUCCGGGACAAGAAGGUUUCUUGUGUCUACAUACGAGGAGUUCUGGAAAAGGUACAAUGAUAUGGAUUCCAACAUCCGCCACCAUUAUGAGGUUAUCCAGGAGGGUUCACCUUGCCACAUUUACUUUGAUCUUGAGUUUGAUACAAGAUUAAACAAGAAGAGAGAUACAGAUGAAAUGGUGGAUAUAUUGAUUGCUGUUGUAUUCAGUGCCUUGCGUGAUAAAUAUUCUAUUGAAGGACAUGAAGAGUGGAUCACAGAGUUAGACUCAUCCACUGAAGAAAAGUUUUCACGCCAUCUAAUCAUUCGUAUACCCAAGAUUGCAUUUAAAGACAACUCCCAUGUUGGUGCAUUUGUCUGUGAGGUCUGUUCACAAAUCGCAGCUCAGCGUGCAGCCAAUCCUGACCUUGAUAAACUGUAUAUUACAAAAGAAAGCAGCUCAGGUCCUAUUGAUCAGCUCUUUAUGGAUACUGCAGUUUACUCUCGUAAUCGUUGUUUCCGUUUAGUUUUCUCAUCAAAGUCUGGGAAGAAAUCAUUUCUUGUGCCGACCAAACGUUUCAAAUGCCAGGAAAUGAAUGAUAAAGAUGUCUUUAUGGAGUCACUUAUUUGUAGACUGGAUGAUAAUUGUGAAAAAUUGUUGAUAUGUAAACUAGACUUGGAAUGCAAGAAAACAUUGCAUUUUGACUCUGAAAUCAGCAUGCCUCAAAUUCAAGGAAGGAGCUACAGGGACUGCAUUGCUACAUAUCGAAGUGAUCUUUCUCAAUCAUAUACUUAUGGAAAAUCUCCUUUUCCAGCUUUGGAUGGCUUUAUAGAAUCCAUCGCUUCUUUUGGAAAUGUUUCAGGGAAAAUUCGAUCUUGGUUCUGGUUUUCACAGGAGAGUUUGAUAAUAUAUAACAUAUUAAGGAGCAGAUACUGUGAGAAUAUUGGAAGAGAGCAUAAGAGCAAUCAUGUGUUUUACAUUGUUGAUUUCCAAAGAGCAGCAUACUACCAAAAGUGUCACGACCCUGAUUGUCAAGGUUACCGUUCUCCUUUGCGUCCUGUACCUUGGGAUGUGGUUCCUGAGCUAAUGGAGUCAGACCAGAUAGAAUAUCAGGGCAAUGUCAUGGAAAAGAACAUUGAAAAUGGCAACAUCAACGGUAAAUCCAGCAUGGAGGCUGAUGCGGAGGAUCCUGGAUGGUGGGAAGAAGUGGUGAAAUUUGCGGACAGCAUCGAGAACAUGGAUCAUGCUCUGUGUACCUUGGUAGUGAAAUCUGACGUCAGCAUGGAGAACAUGGAUCAUGCUCCUAGCUCGUGUACCUUGGAAGUGAAAUCUGACGUCAGCAUGGAGAACAUGGAUCAUGCUCCUAGCUCGUGUACCUUGGAAGUGAAAUCCGACACCAGCAUGGAGAACAUGGAUCAUGCUCCCAGCUGGUGUAGCUUGGGAGAAAACGGUUAUUUUGAUGCUGACCCUGAGUGGUUGAUACACGCGGAAAGUGCCAUGCAGCAGUAUGAGGAACAAAGCAGGGGAUCACAGUCACAAGCAACUUCCCAAGUGUUUGAUCUGUAUAGCGGGGUCACGUCAGCUGUCUAGAAGAGGUACGUGUUUAUUCGACGUGGAAGGAAGAGAAAGAUGCUAACUACUCUCAGUUCCAAAUUUAACGAUUUACAAUUUGAAUGAUGAGAGUAGUUAAUAGAUGGCUGUGAGCGUGAGAGACCCCCCCCUCCCUCUAUAGACAAUGUUUUUUUUUUCUAUUGUAGAGCUAUUGUCUAUUGUAUAUGGCCACGUGUCAUUUAAUAGAUGCUCUUUAGAUUGUUCUAAGUAAUUCAAACAGCGACUUAUCCAUCGUAUUAUAUAUGUGACUGAUAUGUAAUCAUCUUUGGCACAAAUAUACGUGUACCAGUUUUUAAUCUAACUUUUAAUGUAUGAAACAGGCAAUCAUGUUGUGGAA